AUCAAAGAAAACUUGGAAUUUUUAUUUAUGUUUCUGUUGGUUCCUAUAAUUUAACAAAGCGAGUUUAACUAGCUCAAAACCAAAUAUUAUAAUGGAGAUAAAUCGCAUGAUUAACCAAUCGCUACGCCAUCAAUUGAGCGGUCAGCUGAGUAAAUAUACAAAUGUAAUGAAAGGAUGGCAGUACCGCUGGUUUACUGUGGACCCCAAGACGGGAUUCCUUAGCUAUUAUCUGUGCGAUUCGGCUGCUGUGGGCGAUGACAUUGCCCCAUCACCUCAUGUACUGGCCAGUGCCCCAAGGGGUCAAGUCCAACUGGCCGGCGCAGUGGUCUAUCCCAGCGAUGAGGAUUCCCGUACUUUUUCCAUAGCCUGUGCUUCCGGGGAUACGGUCAAAUUGCGAGCAAACGAUGCUCGUGCUCGCCAGGAAUGGGUCGAUGGCCUCCGUGCCGUUGUCGAGAGCCAUACCAAGGCCAUGGACAUAAGUAACUCAUCGCCAUUGCCACCGCGGGAAUUGCUGGCUGCCUCCGAUGCCAUGGUCUCGGCUCGCCAAGCUUUAUUCCUAACCGAGCAGUGCAAUGCAUCGCUAGCCCGUGCCAUUGAGAACAUCGAAUGUGCUUCCUUUACGCCCACUGAUCCCGAUCUUCUGCUACUCAAAGCCAUCUCCACCGCCAGCACCCAGUGCCUGCAUCAAUGCCUUAGUCUAUUGCAGCGCCAUCAGGAGAUUAACCAACCGCCACCGCCCACAAAUGAGACCAUUCCGAUUGCUCCUGUCUUGCUCUAAGCGCCCAUUCAGCUUCUUUAUGUUGAAUUGUUUAUUUUGUGAUCUAAGUUAAAAGUAUUUAAGCAACAAUAAAUCAGCAUUCAAAUUGGCAUUGAAUGAUGCCGAUAUUUUGGAAAAUCGAGAAAACCCAA